AUUGGAGUGGAAAUUAAAUCCAUGACGUCACGAAAUGGAAAUUUCAAGGAUUGGACCAAAUCUGAAACAGUGAUUGUUCCUGCGGAACAUCCGACGCGUUACGCCGUUGCCUUAUAAAGGCAAGGGCCCUUGCAAUUUUAGCUCCAUCCCUUCUCCGAGAGUUGUUUCCACACUAGUUUAGCUUCCACAGGGGAAGCAUAAGGAAUAUUUGCUUGUACAUCCAACAUUCCCAUUUCUAACUAACUCUCUCUGUUUUAGUUUUAAAACCUUUCUCCCUCCAAAACAACACACCCCAACCGCCGCAGCUAUGUGUACCCACACCGUCCCAGGUUGUGCGGCUUGCGGCUGUGGCGGCGGCGGCGGCGGCAUCGGUUUGCCGCUGGUCGAAAAGCCUCCUCCGGCGCCGGUCUUAGAGCGGAAGCCGCGCGUUGCGCUCGCGGCGGCUUUGGCCGAGGUGGGGCCGAUUCUGGGCCUGGCGCUGCCCAUGAUCCUAACGGGGCUCAUCCUCUACCUCCGGUCGAUGAUCUCGAUGCUCUUCUUAGGCCGCAUUAGCGGCCUCGCCCUCGCGGGCGGGUCCCUCGCCAUCGGCUUCGCGAACAUCACAGGGUACUCCGUGCUCUCCGGCCUGGCCAUGGGCAUGGAGCCCAUCUGCGGGCAGGCCUUCGGGGCCCGCCGCCACGCCGUCCUCGGCCUCGCGCUCCAGCGAACCGUCCUCCUCCUCCUCUGCGUCUCGCUACCGAUCGCGAUCCUCUGGGCCUCGAUGCGGCCCCUCCUGAUCCUCUGCGGCCAGGACGAGGCCAUUGCCGCCGCGGCCCAGUCCUACAUUCUCUUCUCCCUCCCCGACCUCCUCCUCCAAUCCUUCCUGCACCCCCUCCGCAUCUUCCUCCGCACGCAGUCCAUCAACCUCCCCCUCACCUACUGCGCGGCGCUCGCCAUCGCCCUCCACCUACCCAUCAACUACUUCCUCGUCUCCGUCCUCGGCCUCGGCAUCAAGGGCGUCGCGUUGGCGUCGGUGUGGGCCAAUUUGAACCUCCUCCUCUUCCUCCUCGGCUACGUGUACGUCUCCGGCGUGCACAAACGCACCGGGGGAUUCGCGCUCUCCGCGGAGAGCUUCAGGGGGUGGGGAUCCCUUUUGAGCCUCGCCGUGCCGAGUUGCGUCAGCGUGUGCCUCGAGUGGUGGUGGUACGAGAUCAUGAUCCUUCUGUGCGGGCUCCUGAGCAAUCCGCAGGCGACGGUGGCGUCCAUGGGGAUCCUGAUUCAAACGACGUCGCUCAUCUACAUCUUCCCCUCCUCUCUCAGCUUCGGCGUGUCCACGCGCGUCGGGAACGAGCUCGGCGCAAACCGGCCCGACCGGGCGCGGCGAGCGGCCACGGUCGGUCUCGGCUGCAGCUUCGGGCUGGGACUGGUCGCGUUCGCAUUCGCGGUGUCCGUGCGCAGCGUCUGGGCGCGCAUGUUCACCGCCGAUGAGGCGAUCAUCACGCUCACUGCGUCGGUGCUGCCGAUACUCGGGGCCUGCGAGCUCGGGAACUGCCCGCAGACAACGGGGUGCGGCGUGUUGAGAGGGAGCGCGCGGCCGAAAGUUGGGGCCAACAUAAACCUGGGGGCGUUCUACGGCGUGGGGAUGCCGGUGGCAGUCGGCCUGGCGUUCUGGGCCGGGCUCGAUUUCAAGGGACUGUGGCUCGGCCUGUGGUCGGCGCAGGCGGCGUGCGUCGUGCUCAUGCUGGUCGUGAGCCGAAGAACCGAUUGGGAUUCGCAGGCCGAGCGGGCACAGCUGCUCACCGGAGCAGCCUCCCGUGGCGAUGGAAUCAUCGGCAGCAGCAUCGCCGAAGGUGACGAAAAGGCAAUUGCCGGGAAAGCCGCGGCGGAGGACGACGGAGAUGAAAAAUCAAAAUUGGCUAUUAGCAUAAAGAUCGAGCAUUCGAUGACAUUAUCGUGAUCCUAAUUACCUUUUUUUAUUAUUAUUAUUUUUUUACCCCGUCUUACAGCUAAGACGAGGUAACGACAUGCAACGUUGAGAGAGGCUCCUGUGCAUUCUAAACCUCUGUUUUUUUUCUCUUUUUUUUUUGUGAUAUUUAUAUAUAUAUUUUUUUAU